GGUUUCCGGUCGCAUGGCGGCGGGCGGCAGAGGAAUAAAGUCAACAAGAUAUAGCAUCAGAAAGAGAAAUGCUUUUUGCGUAUCAUUUGAAGCUUGGUUUGGACUUCAUCUCUGAACUUCACUCCGUUAACAUAUUUGACUGGAUUAAAAAAUGACAUUGCCUACCUUUAAACUGAAAAGAGUAUGAUUUGACCCAGGAUGAUGUCAGUUAUACCCUUUGCUAGUUGGACAUGGCCAAAGAAGUGUAUUCUAAGGCUGCAAGUUGAGGAUGUUACUGGGGGUGUCUCAAGCUGUAUUAGCUUUCUGAGGCUUUUAACAAAAUUGAUGUGAAUCUUGGGUUCUGCCAAUGUGAGGAGUUUAAUUCAACUUGACCGUGUUUAUGGAACAAUGAUGAUUUGCACACUACAACAUACUGAUGUAUGUUAUUGUCAGAUAAGCUGACUUGUCAAUAAGGACCAAUUUGUCAACAGUUUGAAACGUGGAACUGUGGUUUUCCUGUCAGAUUGGGGAUUCUGACGUAAUUGAGAACGGCAGCUCCCACUUUGUAACUGGCAACGUUGCCUGAAGUUACUAGUGUUUUCGAUGGAGAAGAUGGCACGAGUGACCACAGUCCUGAGUGGCUCAACCAUCACAGGCCGAACUAUGUUCUGCCACCUUGAUGCACCGGCCAACGCCAUUAGCGUAUGUAGGGACGCUGCUCAGGUAGUAGUGGCUGGUCGCAACAUCUUUAAAAUCUACUCCAUAGAAGAGGAACAGUUUGUGGAAAGGGCAAACCUCCGAGUUGGGCGUAAGCUGUCCCUGAAUUUCAGCUGUGCUGACGUGGUGUGGCAUCAGAUGGAUGAUAAUUUACUGGCAACAGCAGCCACAAAUGGAGCUGUCGUCACGUGGAACCUGGGCAAACCAUCUCGCAACAAACAGGAUCAGCUUUUCACCGAGCACAAACGCACUGUCAAUAAGGUCUGCUUCCAUCCAAACGAGGUUAACAUGCUGCUGAGUGGUUCUCAGGAUGGCUACAUGAAGUGCUUCGAUCUUCGGAAGAGGGAAUCUGUGAGCACCUUCUCUGGUCAGUCAGAAAGUGUCCGGGAUGUCCAGUUCAGUAUAAAAGACUAUUUCGCAUUUGCUGCUUCAUUUGAAAAUGGUAAUGUUCAGCUCUGGGACAUAAGACGGCCAGAUAGAUAUGAGCGCAUGUUUACAGCACAUAAUGGACCUGUCUUCUGCUGUGACUGGCACCCAGAUGAUAGAGGAUGGUUAGCAACCGGAGGACGAGAUAAAAUGGUGAAAGUAUGGGACCUGUCAACAACCAGAACCAAAGAGGUCUAUUGUGUCCAGACUAUUGCCUCAGUAGCACGGGUGAAAUGGCGACCAGAAAUGAAGUACCAUCUAGCAACCUGCUCCAUGAUGGUAGAUCACAACAUUUACGUCUGGGAUAUCCGACGCCCGUAUAUCCCAUUUGGAAUGUUUGAGGAGCACAAGGAUGUGACCACAGGAAUUAUAUGGCGUCAUAUUCAUGAUCCUUAUUACCUUCUUUCUGGAUCGAAAGACAGUACUCUGUACCAGCACAUGUUUAAAGAUGCCAGCCGACCUGUUGAUCGUGCCAACCCUGAAGGGCUGUGCUAUGGGCUGUUUGGAGACUUGGCUUUUGCAGGGAAGGAUAGCAUGUUUACCAGUGACUCAAAUCGGAAAACCUACGGAGGCGAGAGACGCUAUCCCAUUUUUUUCUUCAAGAAGCCGGAUUUAUCAGAGCAAUUUGCAAAUGUGUCCAGUUCUCUGAACGUGUUUGAAAUGGAAGGGGGCAGCAACUCCGUGGACUGGUUUGUCAACAUGGCACAACAGUAUAUUCUGACUGGUCGGUCGCUGGCUGAGCUCUGUGAUCAUAAUGCCAAAAUCGCGAAAGAAUUCUAUCGUUAUCAGGUGGCUCAGACGUGGACAAUGUUGAGGAUCGUCUACUCCAACCCAGGUGCUAUCUCAUCAGUCAACUUGAAUCAAAGUAUAGGCAAGAGUGGAGGCUUGCCUCUUAUGAACAGUCUUAAGGAGCUAUCCGUAGCACUUAACAGUGAGCCGAGGUUGGAGCGAGGGAAGGCAGAAAAUUGGCAAGAAAUGAAUCACAUGCAUUCCUCAAACCCUUUGAUCACUGCAAAUGAAGAGAAUGAGGAGACAGAAGGUAGUGAUGUGCCAGCUGAUUACCUGUUUGGGGAUGUGGAAGGAGAUGAAGAUGACCUCUACAUGGUGGACCAUGAAAAUGCGCCUGCAGAGGAACAUGAGUACAUAUUGCCUCAGGAAGCAUUUCAACUGCGUCAUGAAAUUAUAGAUAAUCCUUCUGCUCCAGACCAUCUUCAGGACAAAGUGGAAUCUCCACAUGUCAGUGGGAAUGAAGCGGAGACUGUAUGUUUGACUCCAAUUGAAUCCUUCUCCCUCAUGUCAAUCUCCCAGCCCCUGUAUGAUGCCUAUCUGCCUGCUGACUAUUUUAAUUCUCUUGUGAAAGACAUGCUACAUUACUAUGCAGAACAGGGAGAUGUGCAGAUGGCUGUAUCGGUUCUCAUCGUGCUUGGGGACCGUAUACGGAAAGAAAUUGAUGAACAGACACAGGAACACUGGUACACAUCAUAUAUUGACUUGUUGCAGCGAUUCAAGUUAUGGAAUGUCUCAAAUGAGGUGAUCAAAUUGAGCACGUGCAGCUCUAUCAACUGUUUUAACCAGGCAUCAACCAGUCUUCAUAUCAACUGCAGCAACUGCAAACGACCAAUGAGCAGCAAAGGCUGGAUCUGUGAUAGAUGCCGCCAGUGUGCUAGCAUGUGUGCUGUGUGCCACCAAGUUGUUAAAGGGCUGUUUGUUUGGUGCCAAGGAUGUAGUCAUGGUGGGCACUUACAACACAUCAUGAAUUGGUUAAGGACUAGUUCACAUUGCCCAGCUGGAUGUGGCCACCUCUGUGAAUAUACCUGAAAAAGUGAUACUGACGGUGUGAUUGGAUUUCAUUGUUCACUGGAUAUGGACAAUACUACAACUUCAAACAAAAUCAUUUUAAAAGAAUGCUUCAGAUACAAAGAAAUGGCUUAAAUUGGGUACAGUGCAAGUCAACUGAUCCACCAUUUAAAAAAGUUAGCUGUGAAAUCUUUGUUAUAGUUUUGUCUCCUUUCACCUGUUCUUUUUGAAGUGGUAUCAGCAAGAAUGAACUUUAAAAAGGGCCUUUGGAAUGUAUCUUAUUGGAUGAAGGCUUGCUUUCCGGUCACUGAUAAUACUGAAAUGUUCCUCAAAGCAACACACUAAUGUAGAAAGCUGCUUUGUAAAAGCAACUGGAACAGAUCCCAUAUUGAUAUGAGUGGGUGUGAAACCAUUUUAUCGUAAGACAACAGGCAAAGCACUCUGUACUUUACAACUAACCACAGGCCCAGUCAUCACGUUUAUCUGCAUACACACAAAUUAACGUAGCUGAAGUUAUAGUCAGGCUCAAGAAAAAUGUUUACAAUCUCAGUAGGUUAAUUUGGGUAGUCAAUAUCACUACCUAUAACUACUGAAGUGGGCCAUUCAGUGCCUUCUGCAUACUGUGUAUCUUGUCCAUAAUACUGCUCUAUCAAGUCUGAAACACUUUGUAAUUUCAUUUAAACAUUUUGGGCAAGGGAACCAGAGCAGGUAGAGAACUUUAGAAUCCCCUCCAAUUCUGUGGGAUUGUCAGCAUUAGGUCCAAUGGAUUAGAAGCUUCAGCAUUGCCUGGAGUGAAGAAUGCCCUGAUCUAGAGUUAGUAGACAUUAUAAAAAAGAUUGGUAAAGAAUGCAUGAAGUUUAGUUAUAAAGCACCCAUGAGCUGUUUUAAAAUUUACAAUUCCCCAGUGUAGGAGCCUCAACAGCAUUCCAGCUAUAUUGCCUCAAUUAAAGUAAUACCCUAGAUAGAUGAGGUCAAUAAGCAAUUUCAGUUCAGCCACAUUCUACCAAUCUUCAAUUGAGACAUUGCUACAUAUAAAACGGACUGCCUCAUUAUUCUGUUUUCCAGGUUAUAUGCUGCCUCCUCAGCAAAUGUCACAUUUCAGUUCACCUACAAUUGCACUAGAAUGCAAUGGAAUUUUAAUAUUUCUUGGCUAUAAUCUCUAGCAAAGAAACAGUCUAGCCUCAUUUAUGUAGGUACUUCAAUGGUUUUCCAUUAGGUUUUAAUUUUGUUGAGAAUACUUAAGAAAACAUUGUUAUAUUCCAUACAUAAAGAAAAUCUCAUGAUCCAUAGCUAGGUGUACAAUUUUUGAUAAAUUAUAAUCAAGACUUUAACACAAAAUGAAAGUUAAAUGAACAUGUUAUUAGAGACUGAAAUUGAGAGGACUGAAGGUUGUCAAAAUUAAUUUAGUCAUCUUAUCUUAUACUUGUAUUAUAAAUAUCUUUGUUAUAUUUCUUAAGAUGAGUACUUUUAAAAAUAUUUAUAACGAGUUUAUUUUACAUUGAAUUCUGAAUCCUGCUAGAACUAUUAGUAUACUCCUUCAAAAGUGCUUUGAAAUAAACCUUGGUUUCAAUAGUUUCUCAUUAUUUAAUUCAUCCUCCAGUCCAGCACAUUAUUUUCCUCAUAUUAUAAUGUAUUUAAUAAUGUCAUC